UCUUUGCUGUGUUGCUGACAGCCCAUCUGUGAUGUGUGUCCAUUGUUGUGUUUUAGGUUCAGCAUGCAGCUCUGUGCAGAUCAAUGAAGGUAAUAGUCUUUCAUCACAGCUGUUGAGGCCUUAAACUUCAGACCCAACCUCCUCAGUGACUGAAAACUGAAAACCUGCAACUGACACCUGGAAUCCAGGAGACGCAGCAACACUGAGAGCAGCACAAGGCUCCUGGGGAGGAUUAUGCCAUUAUAGCUGACGACUUGAGCUUCCUCAGCAUACAACGGCUACAAGGCAAAGUCAGUCCUGGUCCCCUUACACUCAGCCAGAACCAUGGAUGACCCCUAUCAAAACAAUGUGAACCAGCAGGUGACAGAGGGAGGAGAGUACACCUACACCCAGGAUGGAGGUGGUCAGGAUGGCUACCCCUACCAGACGGACUACCCUCCACAGGAAGAAGAUGCUGCUAGUGAUGCCACCGAGGGGGCAGAUGAUGAUGAACAGAUGUACGAGGGGGAGUACCAGGGCAUCCCUCACCCAGACGAGAUCAAGGAGGCGCGGCGGGCAGCUCGGCUGGAGGCCAAGAGGAAAGCCCGCCUGGCUGCCCAGCAGGAAGAGGAGGAGGACAACCUGCCAGAGCAGUACGAGAGCAUCAUGGAGGACUGCGGCCAUGGACGCUUCCAGUGGAUGCUGUUCUUCGUGCUGGGCCUGGCACUAAUGGCUGAUGGGGUGGAUGGCUUUGUGGUGGGCUUCGUUCUGCCCAGCGCUGAGAAGGACAUGUGUAUAUCCAAUGCUGACAAGGGGUUGCUGGGUCUGCUGGUGUAUGUGGCCAUGAUGGUGGGGGCAUUGGUGUGGGGGGGUCUGUGUGAUAAGAUGGGGAGGAGGAAGUGUCUGAUCUACGUCCUGACCAUCGACCUGGUCUUCUCCUUCCUGUCCUGCUUCGCUCAGGGCUACGGCUUCUUCCUCUUCUUCAGGUUCUGCUCCGGCUUUGGAAUCGGUGGCUCCAUCCCAAUAGUGUACACCUAUUUCACCGAGUUCCUACAGAUGGAUAAACGUGGUGAACAUCUGAGUUGGCUCUGCAUGUUCUGGAUGCUGGGAGGCCUGUAUGCUUCCUUCACUGCCUGGGGAAUCAUCCCUCACUAUGGCUGGGGCUUCGCCAUUGGCACAGAGAUCCAGAUGCACAGUUGGAGAUUGUUUAUUCUGGUGUGUCUCUUCCCUGCCUUGGCUGCACUCGUCGGUGUCAUCUUCAUGCCGGAGAGCCCUCGUUUCCUCCUGGAGAAUGCCCGACAUGAUGAGGCAUGGAUGAUCCUGCGACGGGUUCAUGACACCAACUGGAAAGCCAAGGGCGAACCAGAGAGAGUUUUCACUGUGACCAACAUUAAGACCCCACAGACACAGGAGGACGAGUUCAUAGAGAUCCAGAGUGAAACCGGCACCGCCUUCCAGCGCUGGACGGUCAGACACAUGACCAUGCUGCAACAGGUGAUGGCUAACGUGAUGUCACUAUCAGCUCCAGAUCUCAGACUGCAAGGCCUAUUCCUGGUUAUUAUCUGGUUCUGCUUGGCCUUCAGCUACCAUGGGCUGGGAGUGUGGUUCCCUGAUAUGAUCAAGUACAUGCAGUAUGAGGAGUACGAGUCCAAGGUCCGAGUUUUCCACCGAGAACGGGUAGAACGUUUCCACUUCAACUUCUCCCUCGUCAACCAGAUCCACCGCGAGGGAGAAUACAUCCAUGACAAGUUUGCAGACAUCGAGAUUAAGUCUGUGAAAUUUGAGGAUUCCCUGUUUGAAAACUGCUACUUUGAGGAUGUCAGAUCAACCAACACCUUCUUUGAGAAUUGCACCAUCAAAAACACUGUCUUCUAUAACACAGACCUCUGGCAGGAAAAGUUUAAAGACUGUCGGAUGGAGAACACCACCUUCCUCCAUCCAAAGAAAGGCUGCCAUCUGAACUUCCAGGAGGAGAACGACAUAGUCAUCUACAUGGUCAGCUUCCUGGGUAGUUUGGCUGUGUUGCCUGGCAACAUCAUCUCAGCAUUGUUCAUGGACAAAAUAGGAAGAAUCCGAAUAAUAGGUGGCUCCAUGCUGGCGUCAUCUGCCUGUACUUUCCUGUUGCUGCUGAGUUUCAGUCAAGGAGCUGUUAUAUGUUGGCAGUGUCUCUUCUAUGCCGUCAGCGUGGCAGCCUGGAAUGGACUAGAGGUCAUUUCAGUGGAACUCUACCCCUCCUCUAAAAGAGGGACAGCGUUUGGUAUCCUGAAUGGUAUCUGUAAGUUUGCAGCCAUCAUUGCCAGCUUCAUCUUUGCAGCCUUCAUUGGCAUCACUAAGAUCAUCCCCAUCUUCUUGGCCUUCGCCGCCCUCGUCUGCGGAGGUCUUCUGGCUCUCAAGCUGCCCGAAACCCGGGAGAAAAUCCUCUCUUGAAAAGCCAAACUCCUGCAGCCUCCAGGCCCCAAACACAGUAUCAGAAGGGAAAAUGUUUGGAAAGUAUCAGCUUAAACCGAGAUGGAAAGACAAGGAAGAAUGGCCGUGCUAUGUUAACUGUGUUUACGAGUCUGUCAUGGGAUUAAAAAUGUUGAAACCUGUCUGGUUGCCUACAUGAACCUGUGGUUGCUUUCUGUUCCUUCUAAGCUCCUCAGGCUGCCCAGCAUUUCUGUCACAUCAUAUGAAACCAGUGUUUGUCAUUUUCUUUUUAUCAUUUACUGCCCAUCCUCUAGUCACACACAUACACAGUGUAGCGAAAUUUGUUUUGUUUUAAGGUUUGUGUAUGUAAAAGAAAGAUUAAUAUGAGAUGAAAACGUGUCUGUACUUGAAAGGUGAUGUAGUACCUGUUACCAUGUUGUGCUUUGAUUUCAUUCCCUGUUGGAGAAAAAGAAAGGAGAAAGGACUCAUAGUCAUAACUUGAAUUGAAUUUCCAUCCUAUUGUAUUCGCUGCCGAGGCUCAGCAGCAGUAUUACUGCUGGUGUUAAUAUUCAGAGAAAACACCCAGUCUUUGUUUAUUCUGCACCGUCCUGUGGUCUCUAUAGUUGAGUUAGUCAUCUUUAGUUCACAUGUUGUUGCUUGGUUUGUUUUCUCUAGACAUUAACCUUUAUUAAAUGUGGAAAGCUUUUUUUAAAAAAAAAAAAAUCAAAUCCGCUCCUGUUCAUUUCUCCGAGCUCAUCCAAAUCCAACCUGAACAGCUGACUGGAUUUUCCUCCUGUUUGUCGUCUUGUCUUCGACUCUGAGACGUCGUGUCUGUCCUUAACCGUAGAGCUGUGUUCUGUAGUUGGUGAUAACGUAGAAUCGGAGUCUUAACUGUCAAAUCUUGCCAUGACAAAUUGUAAGGAAUUGUUCUGUUUGUUUAUUGAUUUCUUUUUUCGUCUUUUUUCUAAAAAAAAAAACAAGAGAGAGUGAUACAAAACUUGUGAGAUUAGAUGUUUUGAUAUUAUGCUCUCAUUGUAACGUUCUGAUGAAGAACUGUUUUACAGAACCUGCUGCAUUUCUGACAACAUGUGUCAAGAUUUCUAAGGAGCAUGUUACUUUUUUGGGCAUGACAGAGCUGUGUGUGUCUGAGUGCGUGCGCAUGCGUGUGUGUGUGGUUGUUAUCCACAUGUCUGUAAAUUUACUGAAACACAAUAGUCUGACUACCAAUACUAUAUUUGUUGUUGUACAUACUGUAGACCUGUGUAUAUUAGCUGUAAAAUAGUAGCUCCGUGAUGACUUGAAUA